GUCUUUCUUCUGGCGCACUGUGAAGAUAAUGUCCUUUAUGUGCGCACAUUGGCCACAGGCAAGGAAUUGCAUGCGCUCAAAGGACACAAGUCGCAGCUCCAUGCCAUGACCAUCGCUAAGGACAGUCAACGUGCCGUUGUUGGAGGCGACGAUACACGCGCGCUCAUUUACGACAUGCACUCCGGGCGCCUAAUCCGCUCAAUGCCACCCAACCCCGGCUCGAUCACUGCGCUCCAUAUGAUGGAUAAUGAUGAUUUCCUCAUCACAGUUGGCGGCAAUAAAAUUACCUUCUAUUCCUUCCGCAACGAAGAAGUCUACGUGCACCCCUACUCACAUAAUCAACGUAGAAAACGUUCAUUAAAGCGGGCACAACAGUCACAACGUUCGCCGUCGACAACACUACCACCGAUAACAUGUUUCGAUAUUUCACGUGAUUCACAAUUGGCUGCAAUCGCUUCGAGUCGUAGCGUGCAUAUCGUAAAGAUCAACACGCCCGAAUAUCAGACCACGCUGGACGGACACGCCGCGCCCGUGACUUGUGUGAAUUUUGCGCCAAACGGUGAAUACCUGACCACUGGAUCGGAUGAUCGAACCGUGAAUGUGUGGAGUUUGGCUUUGAGUGAGGUGACCAAUGCGUUCAAGGGUCACAAUGCUUCAGUUAGCUGCGUUGUAGUGCUUAUGGAUUCGCGUCGCGUUAUCUCAACCGAUCGUGACUCGAUGAUGUAUGUGUGGCUGGCUGAGGGUGGGAAUUUAUUGCAAACAAUACAGGGCCCAUACAAGUUUUUGGCCGCAACAAAUAACAUGAAAUUCGCAGUUUCUACGAACGGCGACAAUACUUUGAAGAUCUGGUCGCUCACACGCGAAGAUGAAAAAUACACUGUCUCACAUUCGGACGAAAUUACCUGCUUUACCAUUACCGCCGACAGUUUGUAUGUAAUAACCGGCUCGCGUGAUAUGUCGCUGAAAGUGUGGCAAGCAACUGGCGGCAAGCUGGCGCAGGUGCUGGUUGGACACACCGAUGCGGUUAAUUGUGUGGCGGUUUCGGUAACCAACAAGACACAGGUAAUAUCCGGUUCGAAGGAUACCAAUCUUAUAAUAUGGGAUUUACAUACGGGUGAGGAGCUACACACGUUGGCGGGUCACUUGGCUCCUGUGCUGGGUGUGAAGGUGUCAGCAGACGGCUCUACUGCAAUUUCGGGUAGUGACGACAAGACGCUCAUCGUGUGGGAGACCAAACGUGGCUUGGCGCUCACCUCACUCCAAAUGCAUGUGCCCUUCCAACGCUUUGACAUUAGUCUUGAAUGUUCUCGCAUUUUAGUGCAAUUAUUGGAGAGCUUCAAUUUGCCCGUCAUUUGUCUGCACAAUACGCCAGCGCAAUAUGUCAAGUUGCCCACAUACUCGGCACCAGCAAUGGAUGCAGAAGAUUUGCGACCGCAGGGCCCGAAACGUCAAAUGAAACGUCUUCUCAAGAAGGAGGUAUCAUUAGACACUUACACCUGGCAAAAGAAGUACGGUCAUCUAACUUCUUCGGUGAUGAUGGCUCAAGUAGAUGAACGCUUGAAACGUCGCUUCUCGGUAUCUGCAAGCAUGGAAGAGAUCUCGAAAAUCGCCGAAAUGAAAACAAUCACAUCGCAGACCAAUUUAGGCCCCGAACAAGCCGCCUUGGCGCAAUCACAGCAUUUCGAUCAGUUGGAGGCUUUAUGGAAUAAGCGUUCGCCGCCGAGAAGGAGACACAAUGCGGGUCUCUCACGGCAAACAUCACUCGUCGAGGAUCGCCUUGAGUCAUCCGACGACGAUGAGUAUCACGACGAGCGUACAGGUAUGUUUUCCCUUUCGUGCGAUCAAAUAAACUUAUUAGCCAAUAUUCCGAGCAUGCUUCGAAUGCGUCCGCUUUCCCUGCAAGAGCACAUUUGGCUCACAUGUAGUUUGAAGGUACCCAUCGCACAUCAUUUAGCACAAAAUCAACACCAACACCAACAUGAACAUGAACAUGAACACAACCAUUUCCACCAUCACCACCACUAUCACAACUCACAUCCACACCACACAACUGUUCCAACAACAGCCAGCAGCAGUAAUUUCGAUACGAAUAGUAACAGCAGCGCCAGUGGCCACAAUGCCACACAAAAUACGCGAAGUAGCGAGCGCAACAACAGCAAGGACAAUGCCAACAAAAAUCACACACAACAACAAAGGACACACACACAUACCUGCGCAUGUUUAUUGCUACAUCAUCACCCCCAACAGCAGUCGCAACUACAGCAAAGGCGACGAUGCAACAGCAACGCCAGUGCUGUACGUCAACAACCAGAUUUAGUACGCGACUUGCAAUGUGAAGGCGGCCGCUGUGGCAGCAUGAACUCAGCACCGAGUUCGCCUUGUGAUGGCGAUUGUACGGACAGCGCAGACGAUGCUACGGAUUAUCUGAGUCGCGCACGUCGUCUAUUCCGCUGGCGUAGCCUCAAAACGCAUCGCGUUGCACACGCCCAAAAUUGUCAUUCCUUGCAGUCGCAUAUUUAUUUGAAUGGCACAGCGACGCAAGCGGCGUCCAGCCAUCACAACAACAUGCCACCAACAGCCACGCCGAUUAUCAUUGUAGAGAACUAUGAGCACCACAAUGUGCGUCGAGUGCGCACCAACAGAGUAAUGCAUCCGCAUACCGGGCGCGCCGCAUGGGGUCACAUAGCCGAGGAAACUAUCACCGAAUUACGUUGCGCCCAGCAGAAAAAUCACUGUGCUAAACAGGAUACCACCGGCUCUGACACGCACCAAUCACAUCUGCCGCCAUUGGCUGGCGCAGCUAGUACAACUGCUGUACACUCACGCAUGUCCGAGUAUUUGCGUCGUAGCUUGCGUAUCUCUCGCAUCUUCAGACGUGCGCAUUCCCAGAGUGAAGAGUCGUCGCAGGCAGCGACUGCGAUCGGUGGCAAGGAGAAGCGAUACUAUAAUGUUGUAAAUAUCGCUACGUGUGACGGGAAUGCGAGUAGUGCACUGUGUGAUACAGCGCUUAAGAUGCAUAACAAGCUGAAGUUAAAGAAAUUGAAGGAAGAUGAGAAGAAACGAACUAAGUCAGUAGAAGGGGAAGAAGGAGACUCCAAUAGCGCGUGUGUGACGCAGUAG